AUGGCGCCAGCAAACAUCGUUGGAACCUGGCAGGAUGCCCAAGGUACAGAGUACAAGGUAUCGAUCGAUGGUCCAGGCAGCUGGACCGUGGCAACUUGUCGCCCAGAUGGUAGGCGGCGUGUGACAAAGGGUCUAUUGCAGGUAUGGCAGGGCGCCAUUUACUGGGGAACGUCCUACUACUUGGACAUCAUGGAUGGCAACUACGGCUAUGGCGACAGUGGCUAUGGCGACGGCAAGACUAAGUGGCUGACGUGGCAGCCGCUGAAGCGUGGCAAGCCGGCAUACCGCUGGCAGCAGGUUCCCACCCGUGGAAAGCCUGAGACGCGCUUCACGGUAAAGCCCCCAGCAAGGGAGUCCAAGACCGAAAGCCCUGUGAGCUCCUGGGGCUUUCGGUCCGAAAGCUCCCAGUGGGACGGCUCCGAAGGCUCCCAGAGCCCGACUACUCCGCAAGCAGCGCCACCAACGCCACCAACGCCACCAGCUGCGGAGAUGAUCAUGCGCAUCACCGGAAAGUGGAAGGAUGACAGUGGCAGCCGCUAUGAGGUGGUGCCGGACUCCGGGUCCAACUCAUGCACGGUGGUGACUACACGCCCAAAUGGCAGGGUUCUUACAACAGCAGGGCUCAUCAAGUACAACAAUGACAAGGGCUGCAUUUACUGGGGGACAAAGUUUCGCCUAGAGCUCAAGGACAGCCAGACGUGCGUGUGGAUUCCGUUUGGCCGUGGCAAGUCUUUCUGCUGGCAAGCGGACAGCCCAAGACCCAUCGUCACGCACAGUCAGGCAUUGCCGACAGCCCGCAGCACAGUGGAGGCAUCUGCCCAGUUGCAGAACCUCCUUGGAAUUUCGAAGACUUCUCGAAACAGCAGCGGCUCACAGAAAAAGAUUUUCAAUCGCCCGCUGGUGCGCUGA